ACGUCCGGUGUCACUGCCGCUUCCUCGGCGGGCGAUUCGAAGGCGAUGUUGAGGGCCGCGGCCGGUGCCUGGGCGGGCGGCCCGGGGCUGGUCCCCGGAGCAGUUCCGGGGCAGGCUCGGCGGGCGGGCGGGCACGGCGGGGCCGGCCCCGGCAGCAGUUCCGGGGCAAUGUCCGCUUCCUCGGCGGGCGAUUCGAAGGCGAUGCUGGGCGCCGCGGCCGACGCCUCGGCGGGCGAGCAGGACCCUCUGUCGCUGUGCCCGGCGCUGGAGCACUCGCUGUCGCUCCUGGAGCCGGGCGCCGGCCGGGCGCAGCGGCAGCCGGCGGACGAGGCGCCCAUGCCCAUGGUGUUCCUGUGCGCCGGCUGCCGGCGGCCCGUGGGCGACACGUCGAGCUGGGUGUCCAACGACGAGGACAGCGGCUGCAUCCUGCUGCGCAGUGCGGCCGCCAGCGUCGCCGUGGAUCCGGAGCGGAAGAUCUCCAACCUGCCGGGCGAGUGCGGAUGCUUAGUAGAAACCUUAUUCUGCUCUGGCUGCUCAAAGACACUUGGCAGCAUCUACAGGUGCACCUCAAGGAGCCUCGACUACAAGAGAGAUUUGUUCUGUUUCACUAUUGACUCCGUUGAAAGCUAUAUUCUAGGAACCACGGGAAAGCAAGCUGUCAUCCAUGAGGAACCACUUACUCUUGAAACUCAAGCUGUCUUGCAAGAGGUGCUGGAAAAGGUGGACAUGCUGUUCAAGGCUCUGGAGACAAGAGUGAGCACUGUGGAGUCGCGUGUGGCUGCUCUGCAAAGGCAGACUGUAUGUGCUGGAAGGCUGAGGUGAGACCAGGAUCCGUAAAAUCCCUGACGCCCUGUGCCUUCCUGAGGCUGAAGCCACAUUUGCUGUCCAUGACCACAGAGUGGAAGAUGAUAAAGACUGAAAACUUUGGGUUUUCCUCCUGAAUCCCAAGAUUCUCUCUGCAGCUGUACCCUGUUUAUAUCUUAAAAGAGUUUCUGGGCUUAUAAAGUUUUUUACAUUUUGCAAUAUUUAUCUACAACUCAAUUAAAAAGAGUCAUACUGUA